ACGAGCUUCGGCUCCUUCAUUCCAUGACAAAAUAAUUAUUGAGACCAGGCUUAACAACCGCACAACAUAAAAGGACGAUCUCAUUUUUCCCUGCUUGGUGACUUUGGAGAGGCUUGGAUACCACUGCUUUUGCACAGACAUUUUGUGAGUCACAGUGGGAGUUUCGUGUGUGUGGAAGUCGCAUUUACCGCAGUACCUGUUCCAUUCCGGCGGCCGAGGUUCUGUCCUACCCAGCACCGUCGCCAGUGUGAAGCCUGCCUAAACUCAGCCCGAGAGGUCCGGCUCCCAGCCCCCUGAACAUGAGACAGCUGUGUAUCUGUGUGUCUGUCCUGCUAGCCUUGGCCACCAUGGCUGUGGCUAGGCCUAACGAAGGACCGGAGCAGAAGUGCAAGUCUGGCCCAGUGGACCUCAUGUUCAUUAUUGACAGCUCUCGAAGUGUGCGGCCCCACGAGUUUGAGACCAUGCGCAAGUUCAUGAUCGACAUCAUCCACACGCUGGACAUGGAGGCGAAUGCCACCCGAGUGGGCGUGGUGCAGUACUCCAGCCAGGUCCAGAACGAAUUCUCUCUCAAGACCCAUGGCAAGCUGCAGGGCAUGGUGAAAGGCAUCAAUGAGAUCGUCCCCCUGGCGCAGGGCACCAUGACGGGCCUGGCCAUCAAGUACGUCAUGAACCAUGCCUUCACGGCAGCCGAGGGCGACCGACCCAAGGUGCCCAAUGUGGCCGUCAUCGUAACGGACGGGCGGCCGCAGGACCGGGUGGCGGAGGUAGCAGCCGAGGCUCGAGACAAGGGAAUCGAGAUCUAUGCGGUGGGCGUUGCUCGGGCGGAUAUGACCUCGCUGCGUGCUAUGGCGUCGCCGCCCAUCGAGGACCAUGUCUUCCUGGUGGAGUCUUUUGACCUGAUCUACCAGUUUGGCCUGCAGUUCCAGGACAAGCUCUGCGGGAUGGAUCUGUGCCUGGAGUCUGACCAUGGCUGUGAGCACCUCUGUGAGAGCUCCCCUCGUUCUUUCCACUGCCUGUGUCUGCCAGGGUACACUCUCAACGAGGAUGGCAAGACCUGUAAAGUGAUAGACCUGUGUGCUGAGGGGAAGCAUGACUGUGAGCAGAUCUGUAUCACCUCUCUGGGCACCUUCACCUGCAACUGCAAGACUGGCUACACCCUCAACAAUGACAAGUUUACCUGCACAAUGAUAGACCUGUGUGCUGAGGGGAAGCAUGACUGUGAGCAGAUCUGUAUCCCCUCCCCUGGAGCCUUCACCUGUGACUGCAGCGCUGGCUUUAAGCUCCACGAUGACAAGAAGACCUGCACAAACCUGUGUAACACAGUGGAGCAUGGCUGUGAGCACCAGUGUAUCAGUACACCAGACUCCUACUACUGCAUCUGCCCUGAGGGACAGCUACUGGCGGAGGAUGGCAAGGGCUGCCGAACCUGCAGAUCGGCCAACAUUGACCUGGUCCUCCUCAUUGAUGGCUCCAAGAGCGUGCGUCCCCAGAACUUUGAGCUAGUCAAGCAGUUUGUCAACCAGGUGGUGGACUCCCUGGAUGUCUCCGCCCAUGGGACUCAAGUGGGCCUAGUGCAGUACUCCAGCCACGUGCGCACAGAGUUCGCCCUCAAAAUGUACGAGAAGGCAGAUGACAUCAAGAAGGCAGUGAUGAACGUGGAGUACAUGGAGAAGGGCACCAUGACGGGCCUGGCCCUCAAGCACAUGAUGGAGAACAGUUUCUCGGAGGCCGAGGGUGCCCGCAAGAACAUCCCUCGCGUGGGCCUGGUCUUCACUGACGGCCGCUCUCAGGACGACAUCACUGAGUGGGCCAAGAAGGCCAAAGAAGGUAUCACCAUGUAUGCUGUUGGUGUUGGGAAGGCCGUGGAGGAUGAGCUGCGUGAGAUUGCCUCAGAGCCACUAGACAAGCACUUCUUCUAUACCACUGACUUCACUUUCAUCAACCAGAUAGCUGAGAACCUCAAGCUCAAUGUCUGUGCAGAGGAGAGCCAGGGAGAGAUUGAGGUGAAAGACCCAUGUGCCUGUGAGAGUCUGGUUGAGUUCCAGCAAGCAACAAUGUCCACUCUGGAGCAGCUGAAAACAAAACUGGCGGGUAUGGCUGCACAAUUGGAGGACAUGGAGAACCAGCUGCUGUCACAAAAAUGAGGGAUGUCAUUCAAGUAACCCAACAAGAAUAAGGAGAUUCUUUGAGCAUAGAAUAAUUUUCCUGUCAAGAAUGUAACAGUAAAAACAAAAGUCCUAUCAAUGUCGACUUUCCAUGAUGUAAAUGACCCAAAACAAUAUUUUAUGUAGAGUAUCUUAUUUCAGUGCAUGAAUGUGGACAUGCAAUGGACUUAAGUUAUGUCAAGCACAUCCAUACUUAAUGUAGACAUAAGCACAGGCAACUAGAAAACACAGCCAUUGCUUAUAAAGCUCCAAUAUGCAACUUUUUGGGCACCCAACCAAAUUCACAUAGAAAUAUGAGUUAUAGAUCUGUCAUUGAAAGUCUAAGAAGCUGGUAGAUCGGUUCUAUGCUUCCCGUUUUAAAGUUUUGUUUGUGUCUUUUUACUUUCAUUUUUGUACAUCUUCAAACAGCUGAAAAUAAAAUAUUGGUUAUGGAAAAUAUAUUUCACAACGGUUUACAUGGUACAAUGAUGCUCUACACUAUAAUGUCACUAUGAACUUAAAUUAGGCUAUUAGAAUUUUAGCAACCAGGAAAUGCCGGUGCGAUGUCUCCAUAGUGCGUCUUAAAUACACAGUAUUUUUCCAUUGUCACACCAGACGGUUUUUAUUUGUGCUCCAUUUAUCCUUAAUAUGUUUUAUAUGGUUUGUUAAUGUAAUGUGUUUAUAGCAAGUUUGAUACCAGCAGUAAAUAACUGGGGGGAAAAAAUAUUAAUAAGUAUUAUUACCACUUCAAAUUCAGACGCAUUUUCUCAUAGAAAGUAAUAUAAUCCAAUAUUUUUAGAGGACUAAAUGAUAGAGUCGUAAAGAAAACAAAAUGAGGGUUCCUGGAUUCACAAAAGUGAAACCAAGCAUCACAAAAUUACCUAGAUCACAGCAAAACAUUACUGUCAAGAGGAUGAGAAAGUUCUGUAUGAAUUUGAGCUCCAAAAAGACAUCCUAAAUGAGUAAUUAAGAUCACAUUGAUUGUCUUACUUUGUAACUAUAUAUGAAGUUGAAUGAGGUCAUGAAUAUACUGGUAUAUUAUGUGAAAUCAAAAUACCACCACAAAGGAAGGGAAGUUUACGCCCAACUUUUGCUGUGGUUUACUUAAGCAAUAAGCCCCGAGGAGGUGUGGUAUAUGUUCUUACGCAUGACACAACGCGGGGUGACUGGACACAGCCCUUAGCCGUGGUAUAUUGGCCAUAUAUCACAAACCCACAAGGUGCCUUACUGCUAUUAUGAACUGGUUGCCAAUGUAAUUAGAGAAGUAAAACUACAUGUUUUGUCAUACCCGUGGUAAAUGGUAUGAUAUACCACAGCUGUCAGCCAAUCAGCGUUCAGGGCUCGAACCACCCUGUUUAUCAUUUAUUUUAAAUGGAGUGAGCUUUUACGGUUGAACUGAUUUGCCCUAUCUUUGAAGCAUUUUACUGCAUUUUCUUGAGACUGAGAAUAUCACUGAGCGAUGUAAAUGAACAAGAGGGCCUUUUAGUUUCUUUAUUUAGUCUUGUAUUAAACGACCAUGUGAUAGGAAAGAUUUAUACUCCUAUAUUUGGUUACCUGUACUUUUUGUAUUUUUUCGAAAAACCUUUUUCUGUAAUGGUUGAAGACUCUAUUCUGGCACAGAUGGUAAUAAAGACUGAACUGUU